CCCUCCGCGGGGGUGGUGCUGCCGGCGGCGCGGCGGGCCGGGAGCGGAGGAUGCUGCUGCCGCUGCUGCUGCUGCUGGCGCUGGCGGAGGGUCGGCGGGCGGCGGUGCUGUGGCUGGGGCUGCGGGGCAGCCCCCGCGGGGAGGUGAGCCCGGCUUUCCUCUCCCUCACCCUGGACGCCAGCCUGGCCCGGGACCCGCGCUAUGUCGCCUUGCUCAGCAAUCCCAAACUGCGUGCCCUGGCAACGGCCCUGUCCCCAGGCUUCCUGAGGUUUGGUGGCACAGAGACAGAUUUUCUCAUCUUUGAUCCCAACAAGGAUUCAACUUCGGAAGAAAAAAUCCUCUGGGAACUUCAGGCCCAGCAAGAGGCUUGUGGCCUGAAGCCUGCGUUUGCUGCUGUUGAGAAGCUACUGCUGGCCCAGUGGCCCAUCCAGGAGAAGUUGAUUCUUGCAGAGCAUAACCGAAAAAAGCACAAAAACACCACCAUUACAAGAAAUACGCUGGAUAUUCUCUACAGCUUUGCAAACUGCUCAGGGUUUCACCUGAUCUUUGGGCUCAAUGCCUUGCUGCGGAAAGAUGGCUUGCAGUGGGACAGCUCGAACGCCCGGGCACUGCUGGACUACUGUGCUUCACAGAGGUACAACAUCUCCUGGGAGCUCGGGAACGAGCCCAAUAGCUUCAGGAAGAAAUCUGGCAUCUACAUCAAUGGAUUCCAGUUGGGGCAAGAUUUUAUUCACUUACGCCAACUUCUGAGUAACUAUACCCUCUACCGGCAUGCAAAGCUCUACGGUCCCGACACCGGGCAGCCCCGAAAGCACACGCAGAGACUGCUGAGAAGCUUCCUGAAAUCGGGAGGGAAGGUGAUCGACUCUGUCACGUGGCACCAUUACUAUGUGAAUGGACGAAGUGCAACGAGGGAGGAUUUCUUGAGCCCUGAAGUGCUGGAUACCUUUGCCACAGCUGUACACCAAGUCCUGGAGAUUGUUGGUGGGACCGUGCCCGACAAGAAGGUCUGGCUAGGAGAGACAAGCUCUGCCUAUGGAGGGGGAGCUCCCAGGCUGUCCAACACUUACGUUGCUGGCUUUAUGUGGUUGGACAAACUCGGGCUUUCGGCCAGGCAGGGGAUUGAUGUGGUGAUGAGACAGGUUUUCUUCGGGGCAGGGACCUAUCACCUGGUAGAUGCCAACUUUGAGCCUUUGCCGGACUACUGGCUCUCGCUGCUCUACAAGAAACUGGUGGGUACCAAGGUGCUGCAGGUCAGCCUGGCAGGAGCCGACAAGAGGAAGCUCCGUGUCUACCUCCACUGCACGAACGCUCUCCACCCAAAGUACAGAGAAGGGGAUGUGACACUGUUUGCCUUAAACCUCUACAACAUCACCCAGCAUUUGCAGCUACCCAAUUACUUAUUGAGCAAGCACGUGGAUCAGUACCUCUUACUGCCUCAUGGCAAAGAGAAUAUACUUUCCAGGUCUAUUGAGCUGAACGGCCGCGUGCUACGGAUGGUGGAUGACAAAACGCUGCCAGAGCUGAUCGAAAAACCCCUUGGUCCCGGCAGCGUACUUGGCCUUCCAGCCUUCACUUACGGCUUUUAUGUUAUCAAAAAUGCCAAAGCUAUUGCUUGCAUUUAAAUGGUUAAUACACACGCAGGAUAAAUGUAAAGCACUUGGCUAGUAGGGAAGUUUAAUCCUAGAAAUUCACAUUUCUACCAUGAGAUUUAAUUCUAGCAAGGGAUGCAAAUGUAACGGCACUGCUACAAUCUCUGGGCUGGGAAACCAUGAGGUCCCACUGGAUAAUUUCUUCAUGAAAGAUGCUCGUUAAGCUCCUGGGAGAAUUAUCCAGGUAGACCAAGCCCAGGCAGGGGCUGAUUUUGCUCUGGGUGCAGCCAGGGUUGCUGCACUCAAGCACAGGGCCUUUCUCCACGCCAUGUGCGGAGCUCCAUCAGCUUCUCAUGCUGCACUUGGGGCUUUGCCAGGAACUGCAGCAUCCCCUCUCCCUCUCGUUUCUGCAAGCACAGCUCUUAAAGCAGUUCCUUCAAAAGCUUGCCUUCAGAAAGGAUGAGCAGGGUUUUUAUUUUAGCUGUACAGCUGUGAUUUUGCCUGCAACCAUGUGGGAAAGCCCAAGGAAGGGUGGUUGCUGAGGUCAUCUCAGGGUCUAAAGCAGGGACAGGCAAAGCAAACCAACAUUGGGGUGCCUGCAGGGGAAAACACCUUGCCAGGAAACCAGGUCCUCCAUGGGAUCUGGGGCAGCACCGCACGUUUUUCCCAGACUAGUUCAGUCACAAGAUGGAGCUGUAGCCACAUGCUUUCCAACCGUGAGUUUUUGACACACAAAAUGAGGCUGUUCCUGCAGGGUGGUCUACCUCUGCCCUCGCACACUUCAUCCCCGGGAAGAAAGGAGAGGAGCCCACCAACGCCCAGGCAAACCCUCCGCAGUCAGUGGGUGCAUGGCAAGGGCUCACGACUCCUUAACCUUCACCACCCUGCAGGUGGUUCAGCUGGAAAGGUCUUCCCUGAACCCAUCUACAGGUGAAGCCCUGCUUUACGCUCCUUAACUCGCUCAGGUCUCUUCUGUCCUCGAGGAAACUGGAGAGUAGAGACUGAGCAAACCACCCACACCUCUACCAUGAGAGGGACUUCAGUGGCCUUAACAGUAUCCUGGGGACAAACUGGCCCGGCCAGGUUGACAUCCCUCCUGCUGGGGAAACAGCCAUUUUGGCCAGAAAUCCGUGAUGGCGGUGGCUUUUCUCCCCAGCCGUGCCUUCCCCAUGUGCACCCUGCUGUGGUUUGGUUCGCUUCGGUGUGCUGCCCGCCACGUUCCUCUGGCACGCAGGCUGCCGGUCUGCAAGGUAGCAAAGCGCCUCAGAGAAUACCUGUGGUCUCCUGCGUGUGUUGAUUUGCAUCUACUUUUCCUGAAGAUAUAUAUAACCCGUGAUACUGUGAACACCUCGUGAUAUUUUGAGCACAGCAGGGGAAACCACCACCACCGCACCACUGUAUUUCCCUUUUUAAGUUUUAAAAGGAUGCUACCAGCUACAUGGGGUUUCAACACGGUGCCUUUUUUAAUGAGAUUUUAAAAACAGAUUUAUUUUUGAAGCUGUGAUGAAAUAUUGCACAAUAGAAAGGUUGUAUUUAAGUUCCAGUGUGUCAAAGGAAUGUUUGUAUCCACAGCACAGAUGUAUUCUGUGAAGGGUCAUAUAUCAGAGGGUAAUAUAGAUCAGAAAUGAGAAUAAGGAAGGCUAAGUUUGUUUACAUUGUCCAAGUUCAAUAAAAGAAGUAAAGAGAGCAUAAAAUGGAGUGGAAAGUCUUACAUACAGUCAACAUAAAGUUGCUAAUAUAUUAUUAUUAUAAUGUAAGUAACAACUAAGACAUCAAAGUUACUGUGUGCCUGGUAGCUUCCUUUUAGAACUUUUCUAACAGUUUUAUUUAUUCCAACGCUUGUGACUUUUAUAUUUGAAGAUUUUAAUUAAAGUGAUUUAUACCAGC